AUGGUGGAACUAAGCUACAUGAACAACCAGAAUGAGACGAUAGACCGGUACUGUGAGUGUGGCGUCUUUGGUCGCAAUGCUGCCGUAGAUAGAGCCCAGGGGGUUCUGACUCUGCCCAGAACUGAUCCAAAAGGCUGCGGGCAGGAUCUGGUCUACAACAGAAAUGCCAGCUCCCCGCCAGAUUGGAUCGCUUUGGUGAAACGCGGCAACUGCACAUUCAGCGAGAAGAUCCUAGCAGCGAGACGCCAAGGGGCAGCUGCGGUUGUGAUCUACAACGGUGAUGGUACUGGCAACUCCACUACACACAUGUCUCAUCCCGAAGCCCCGAAUGUGGUGGCUAUUAUGAUCGGGAAUUAUCAAGGUAUGGAGAUUCUUAAAUUGCUUCAAAAUGGCACCGAAGUUCAAAUGAUAAUCGAGGUCGGCAGCCCGCAUGGACCUUGGAUGGACACGUACUGGCUGUACUUCUUGUCUAUCGCCUUCUUUAUCGUCACCACAGCCUCCAUAGCCUAUUUCGUGUUUAUCUCCGCUAACCGCCUGUACAACCUGCGAGUGCACAGGCGAGCGGAGAGGCAGCUGAAAUCCGAAGCUAAAAAAGCCAUCAAACGCCUGGAAGUGCGCACCCUCAAACGAGGCGACGAAGAAACCGCUUCGGAGAACUUUCUUUGUGCGGUGUGCAUAGAACCUUACAAAGUAGGCGAUGUGGUGACGGUGUUGACAUGCGACCAUAUUUUCCACAAGGCCUGCAUCGAGCCCUGGCUGCUGGAGAGAAGAACCUGCCCCAUGUGCAAGUGCGACAUCCUCAAAGCCUUAGGAGUGGAGGAGGAAAGCAAGGAUUACGGCACACGACCAGAGGUUACCGUGGUCACCGUGGCAGGAGGAGAUGCCAUGUACGAGGUGCCACUGACAGACACAGCCAGGCCACCGACCUAUGACGACAGGUCCUUUGAGGAAGAACCAACCAGGGGAUAG